GCAGCUCGGCGCCCCAAACGAGAGCGGGUUGAUGCCUGAGGAUUUAAUGGAGAAAUCCCAAAGUGAGCCAAGGUGUUCCGUGGAGGAGGCGUGCGUGGCUGGGGUGGAGGCCAGAGCCCGCCAGUGCCGCUUGCCAGGAGCCCUGGGCCAGCUGGGGCUCCUUGGCCAUGCUCCCUUUGACAGCCUGCUGCCGGCAGCAGGGGGAAGGACAUCGCUCCCUGCCUGAUGUGCCAGGAGCCAGGAGCAGCCAUCCAGGUGACUAAGCCGGCCCACGGGCACUGAGUCACCGCUGGCCUGGAGGUUUCUUCCUUCCCUUUUGCAUCUGAUUAUUUUGGGAACUGGAAACUUGGAGCUGCACCUGAGUCCCGCCCCUUCUAGCUCUCCCCUCCCUACCUGGGGCUCCAAGGAAGAUGGGACCUGCCACGAGUCUGCCGCCACCCGCUAAGGAUAUGGAAGACGCUGUGGGGGCCUGAGGGGCCGGGGAGAGAUGUCAGCCGGCAAAGUGCAACAGCAGAUAUGGUGAUGAGGCUGCCUGUCCUCUGGAGGUGUCGGGAGAAGGGGAGUCUGGUCCAUGCUGACUGGCGUCCUCCGGGCUGGCUUUGAACUCACCUCCUAAGGGAUAUUUCUGUAAAUGAGCAGCUCCUAGGGUCAGAGUGGCAUUUGGAGAACGAGGCUGGAUUGGCUUAGGCUGGCCUGGGCAGGGAGUGCCGCUUCCUGGGCCAGAGGCAAGCACCGGCCUGCAGCAGGGAGCUCGGGGCCCAGAGGACGGCCAAGGCCUCGGAGGACCGGCCCGCGAAGGUCCCCAGUUCCCUCUGCUCGGUGCCUGAGAGCUCUGCCCACUGAAGAGUGAGGAGUCCGGAGAAAGAGGAGGCAGGGAAGGCGGCCCGGAGGCACCAUGUUCCGCAAGAAAAAAAAGAAACGCCCUGAGAUCUCGGCCCCACAGAAUUUCCAGCACCGUGUCCACACCUCCUUCGACCCCAAAGAAGGCAAGUUCGUGGGCCUCCCCCCACAAUGGCAGAACAUCCUGGACACACUGCGGCGACCCAAGCCCGUGGUGGACCCUUCACGCAUCACCCGGGUGCAGCUCCAGCCCAUGAAGACAGUGGUGCGGGGCAGCGCGGCGCCCAUGGACGGCUACAUCUCGGGGCUGCUCAACGAUAUCCAGAAGUUGUCAGUCAUCAGCUCCAACACCCUGCGCGGCCGCAGCCCCACCAGCCGGCGGCGGGCACAGUCCCUGGGGCUGCUAGGGGAUGAGCAGUGGGCCGCCAACUCGGACAUGUACUUGCAGAGCCCCCAGUCUGAGCACAGGGACCCCCAUGGCCUCUACCUCAGCUGCAACGGGGCCGCACCAGCAGGGCGCAGGCAUAUGCCAUGGCCCGAGCCACAGAGCCCGCGGGUCCUGCCCAGUGGGCUGGCCACCAAGGCACAGUCCCUGGGCCCCACCGAGUUCCAGGGUGCCCCGCAGCGCUGCCUGCAGAGCUCCCCAACCGGCACCUCGGCCUCCACGGCUGCGGGCAGGCGGGGGCCCAAGAUUGCCGGGCAUGGCUCUGAGGAGGCCCGGCCACAGUCCUGCCUGGUGGGCUCGGCUGCAGGCAGGCCGGGGGGGGAGGGCAGCCCCAGCCCUAAGACCCCGGAGAGCAGCCUGAAGCGCAGGCUGUUCCGAAGCAUGUUCCUGUCUGCUCCUGCCGCCGCCCCUCCAAGCAGCAGCAAGCCAGGCCCUCCACCACAGAGCAAGCCCAACGCCUCUUUCAGACCACUGCAGAAAGACCGCCCCCCAAGCCUGGUGGCUAAGGCCCAGUCCUUGCCCUCAGACCAGCCCGUGGGGACCUUCAGCCCUCUGGCCACCUUGGAUACCAGCAGCCCCCAGAAGUCCCUCCGCACAGCCCCAGCUGCCGGCCCUCCUCCAGGACGGUCUUCCCCGGCAGGCUCCCCCCGCACCCGGCAUGCCCAGAUCAGCACCAGCAACCUGUACCUGCCCCAGGACCCCGCAGUGGCCAAGGGUGCCCUGGCUGGUGAGGAAACGGGCGUUGUGACACACGAGCAGUUCAAGGCUGCACUCAGGAUGGUGGUGGACCAGGGUGACCCCCGGCUACUGCUGGACAGCUACAUGAAGAUUGGCGAGGGCUCCACAGGCAUCGUCUGCCUGGCCCGGGAGAAGCACUCGGGCCGCCAGGUGGCCGUCAAGAUGAUGGACCUCAGGAAGCAGCAGCGCAGGGAGCUGCUCUUUAAUGAGGUGGUGAUCAUGCGGGACUACCAGCACCUCAACGUGGUGGAGAUGUACAAGAGCUACCUGGUGGGCGAGGAGCUGUGGGUGCUUAUGGAGUUCCUGCAGGGCGGGGCCCUCACGGACAUCAUCUCCCAAGUCAGGCUGAAUGAGGAGCAGAUUGCCACCGUGUGCGAGGCCGUGCUGCAGGCCCUGGCUUACCUGCACGCCCAGGGUGUCAUCCACCGGGACAUCAAGAGCGACUCCAUCCUGCUGACCCUCGAUGGCAGGGUGAAACUCUCGGACUUCGGAUUCUGUGCACAGAUCAGCAAAGAUGUCCCUAAGAGGAAGUCCCUGGUGGGAACCCCCUACUGGAUGGCUCCCGAAGUGAUCUGCAGGUGUCUGUAUGCGACUGAGGUGGAUAUCUGGUCUCUGGGCAUCAUGGUGAUUGAGAUGGUAGAUGGAGAGCCACCCUACUUCAGUGACUCCCCAGUGCAAGCCAUGAAGAGGCUCCGGGACAGCCCCCCACCCAAGCUGAAGAACUCUCACAAGGUCUCCCCAGUGCUGCGAGACUUCCUGGAACAGAUGCUGGUGCGAGACCCCCAGGAGAGAGCCACGGCCCAGGAACUCCUGGACCACCCCUUCCUGCUGCAGACGGGGCUGCCCGAGUGCCUGGUGCCCUUGAUCCAGCUCUACCGCAAGCAGACCUCCACCUGCUGAGCCCAGCCCCAGAGUGCGCCUGCCACCUGUGCCCACAGGCAGGGGACACUGGGCCACCAACUUGCCAACAGGGCCUGGCUGCCUGCCUCAUUCUCUCAGUAUUCUCUCCAAAGAUUGAAUGUGAAGCCCCGACCCUGCCCUCCUGCCCCUCAGCCCACUGGGCCAGGCCGGACCUGCCCCUCAGUCACUUUCCCUCCCAAGAGUCCCCAGUUGCCUCUGGGAUGAUGGAGACCUCUUCUGCAGGAUGACCCUUUGUUAUCUGCACAGGGAUAUUUCUAUGAAACAUGGAGACCAGUGCUUCUGGCCACUGUGGCCAACACAGCAGAAAAGGCUGCUGAGGUUUUUUUUUUUUUUAAAGUAGUAGUACACGAGCAUCCCAGGUCACCCAAGAGGCAGACUGCCUGUCUUCAUCAGGAUACUUGCUGUUCUCAGCUCCAAUUCCAAAUCCUGGGAUCUGGAAGGUGUUUAUUGCCUGACUCCAUCUUCCUCCCUUGUGUCUGACUUCCUGAAGGCACAGUCCCACCUGCACCUGCUUCCCGACCCACCUGAGCUGACAACACACUCCCUGCACAGCCCGCGCCCAACUGUGAACAGCCUGCUCGGAGGCCGUGACGGGGAGGGGAAUUUUCUGGGUGAAAGAGGAAGAAGGCAGCUGGUGGUAAAGUGGUCUCACUUCACAGGAUGCGUGUGCGCGCACACGUGUGUGUGUGUGUGUGGUGUGGAGGAAG